AUGCCUGCGGUAUCAUCGGGCAGGAUCACAAAAGCCCGCAAGGGCAAGAACCUGACUCCCCAUCAGAAGAACCACCGAUGGGAGUCCUUCAGCACCAAGAUUGGCAAGCUGCACAGUCUCGAUCCCCUCCGAAAAGUGCGACGACACGACCUCGAAACCGAAGACCUCGAGAGCACUACAUCCUACUUUCGUACCGGCAUCGAGCGAUGGAAUGAACUCAACAUUGCCAAGGACUUCAUCUCUUUCAAGCGAGAGACUCUGUCCCUCACAGAAACACUGGCCUCGAUCCUGCAUCACGAGGACAGGAUCUUUGCUUCGCUGUCCCACUACAUUUCCAACCAGGAGAAGGAGUCCUUGGAGCCUCUUCUCGACCUCCUGACGGCGUUCGCCCACGAUCUCGGAACCCGCUUCGAGAAGUACUAUGCCCGAUCGCUAGACCUCAUCGUUGCCAUUGCCGGCAAGCCACAGCCUGUGGAGGUUGUCGAAUUCACAUUCGCUGCCCUCGCAUUCCUUUUCAAAUACCUCUCACGCUUAAUCGUCCCUGACAUCCGACCUACCUACAACGUUCUUGCACCCCUCUUCGGCAAGACCCGACACCCGCCCUACAUUGCCCGGUUCGCCGCCGAGGCCACCAGCUUCCUCAUCAAGAAGGCCGCGGCGCCCGCGAAUCGAGAGACGGCCCUGGUCGACAUUAUUCAACAUGCUCGAGACGAUCUGCUCAGCAUGUCGGGUGAAAGGCAAUUUCAGUUGUAUCAGGACGGCCUCAUGACCAUGUUUGCUGAGGCCAUCAAGGGCACCGGCCAGACCAUGCACUCGACUGGUCCCGUCAUCUUCAAGGCCCUCCUCCGUGCCGUGCCCGAGUACGAGCUCAACCUGGCGCAAAACACACCCUGGACCGAUGUCAUCUGUGGCGUUCUCACCAGUGUAAUUCAUCACACAACCCCCGACACGUUCCCACCCAUGCUCGAGGCCAUCCAGGCCGAAGCGGAUUACGCGCUGGAGCAAAAGGUACAGGAUCAGCCCUGGAGGUUUGUGCCACUGAUCAGGAUCAUCGCAACCGCCGCGGGCGUGCGCAGUGGAGAGCGAGUCAACAACUGGUCAGCCCUCGUGCGGACUCUGGUCACCAUGCUCGACCUGACUGCCAAGCGUGGACCCGAGAUUUCUCCUGCCGACAGUAGUCUCGUGUGGAAGCACGUGGUCGCCAAUGCUGCCGUGGUCUGGCACGCCGCUCCGAUGGAUGCCCUCUUCUCGCAAAUUAAUGAUUUCAUGAACGCGAUGCAGAGGGACCCCUUGAUGCGGUGGUUCAUCCCAUUCUGCGCCUACUUUUCAGAGUUGGAUCCCCAGCGGUUCCGCAGCUUGUUCCGCGAUCCCUUCAAGAAGUUCAUCAACAGCCACUGGUCUGAUGGACACAAUGAUGACGAACUGUGCAUCUUCCUACCGAAGAUGGUCAAGGCGCACAGCUUGCCGGCCCCUGGUGAUAAGGAAACCCUCAUGUUGCCCCAGACAUGGGAGGGCCAGAUUGUGGAAAAGUUCGAGCGUCUGGAGGCCUCGCCCUUUCCUGAGCGUGGAACUUAUGACAAGGACCCGCAGACGUGGAGAGACAGGUGUCUUCCGAAAUACUCGAUACUGUUGGAUCUUCUUGACAGCACCACUGUCCGCCCUUUCGCCACGGCUAAGCUAGCCGAUCUGCUCCUCCGAAAGCUCAAGCUCGCGCUGAGGCCUACAUCGACUCUGGCGUCCGACGAAGUCCACUUCAGUGUCAGCCAGGGUUUCCUCGCGUACCUUCGCAUGUGCAAGGUGGCUGGUCCCGUGGAUCCUGGCCUAAAACCCCUGCUUCGAGCAGCGCUGCCAAGGUUUAGCAAAUCCAUCGGGUUCCUCGAGGCCUAUCUUGCCUACCAGCAAGCUACCAAAGACCAGCCGUCGACCGAGCGCCGAGACAGCAGCAGCAGCAGUGAGGGUUCAGGAACCGAAACGAACCCGGUUGUCAAAGCGCUCAUCGAGAACCUGUCAUCGCCAUCUCAUGACCUACGACUCGCCACCUUGAGGAUCCUCGGGCAGCUCGAUUCGACUCCCGAUGAGCUCUGCUGCCUGGAGGUCAUGACCGACAUCGAAAGCUCCCCCCUUGAGCUAGCGACCCUCCGAAAUCUCGCCAUGUACAUCCGCAAACUCGGCCAGACCUAUGCUUCACUAACCGAGGGCUCGUGGCUCCGCCAAGCUAUCCCAUCCUUCAUGUUUGGCAUGAUGACUCUCAAGCUCACACCGCUCUGGAACGAUGCGACAUCCGCCAUGAAGCAGAUUGGGGAGACCAAGGAAGGCGAAGAGGCACUCCUUGCUCUAGCCCUUGACUGGCUCGACGUGCCUUCCACAAGAGGUUCCGGUCCAGGUGGCCCCCCCGCAGCCCAUCGUCGCGCUGCGCUCACCGACUUUGACUGUACCAACCUGCAGCAUCUCGUAAGCCAAGCCGACGAGAUUCACCAGACGGCGGAGAAUGCCCUUGAUCUCAUGCUCGAGUCCUUUGAUAAGCAACAACAAACUGUCGACACGCGCCCGGCAAAUGCCCGUUCUCAGGCGCUGAAAGUCCUUGCCGCCAUGCCUGCCCUUGCUGAGAAGCGCUCUCGCAAGCUGGUGCCGUAUUUCCUGUCGUGGGCCGCCGAGCCCGAAGUCUCCAGCGACAAUCAGGCCUCUUCCGAAGAGGAGGACAAAGAGCAUGCCUCCGGUGCCGAAACGUGGUCUUUCUACGACCGCAAGGGCAUGCUCGGCGUUUUCGAUCAGUUCAUCAACCCGCGGUCCCUCUAUGAGAGCGAGAGGGUGUACCGGGCGCUGCUUCAUCUGAUGGAGAACGGUGAUAUAGAGGUGCAAAAGUCAGCUCUCAAGGCCAUUCUUGCAUGGAAGCAAGCAGGUGUCCGCGCCUACCAGGAGAACCUCGAGUACCUCUUGGACGAGGCAAGAUUCAAGAACGAGCUGACUGUUCUCAUGCAAGGCGAGCAGUCGAUCAAGACUGAGCAUCGGGCUGAGUUGAUGCCUGUCCUCCUGAGACUGCUUUACGGCAGGACGAUUUCUAAGAAGGGCGCCGCAAGUGGGCGGCACGGCUUGCAGGCUACACGUCUCGCGGUGUUGAGAAACUUAUCUCCUGAAGACUUGGGUGGUUUCUUAAACAUUGCCGUCGGCAAGUUGAAGGGAGUUUCUGUCAUUGAUGAGUCUGGUCUCCGUGACAAUGUCCUCGAUGGAGAGAUCAUGCCACCGCGGAAGCAGGUCGGUUUCCUCAACAUGAUGCUCCCCCUCAUCAACGAACUCGGAACCGAUGUUGAACCCUACAUCGAAACGAUUCUUAACGCCGUUCUCUACUGCCUCAUUAAUGCCUGCCGCAAGCUGCAUGACUUGGCUGCCGAAGUUGAGACCGAAUCGGAUGAGGAAGACAAGGAGGCCACGCAUGAGUCGCUCCUCAAGGUUGUUCGCACUACCGGCCUCAAGUGCCUCAUCUCCCUCUUCCGCAAUGCGCCCGAAUACGCUUGGGAUCGUUACUCCGAGCCCAUUGUUGCCGAGAUCGUUACACCCAGAGUCGCGAAUCUUCCGCUUGAAAACACUCAAGGUGUUUCUGGACUUUUGCAACUUCUCUCCAUCUGGUCUCAGCUUCCCAAGUCGGCUCUCUUCCUCGGAAUCAACAAGGACAUCCUGCCCAAGAUCAUCGAGUGCGUCUCGGUUGCAAAGAGCAAAGACGAGGUCAAGGUCUUCUGCCUGGGCAUUGUCCGUAACCUCAUCAAGCUUUCCAAAGCCUCGCCCACCGAGUCGGAGUUCAACGAGCUCAUCUACGCAGAACUGCUCGGCCCCAACGUUGACUUCCUGCUGAAGCACAUUACUGUUGCUUUGAAAGCAGAGACGACCGGCGGUGCCCUUCUCGACGCAUGCCUCGAAACUGUCGUUGAGAUCUCGCCUCUCGUGGAAACAUCGGAGAACGUCCACGAGGUCUUGCAAAUCUCAAUCUUCCUCCUCAACCAGCCCGCCAGAAAGGUCAACCCUCGAGCCAAGGGUCAAAUUCUGCUCAUCUUGGAGCAAUUCGUGACGCUGCACGAAGCCAACGGCGUCGAUCUCGGACCCACAAGCGAUCUCUUCACAACCAUCUUUGAGACUGUGUCUGCGCUGUUCAGCUACUUCAAAGACAAGGAAAAUAGGGAAUCCCUAUGCCGACUCCUCAUCAUCUUGUCCAAACAGGACACCGCCCUCGACCAGGUGGCUGGCAUUUGCAGUGCCAUCAACGCCUUUGUGCCCGAGCGAAUCGAGGAGCCCGACUACGACCAGCGCCUGCAGGGGUUCAACCAAGUGUCUGGCAAGACCGACGCAUUCAACGCCAGGCAAUGGCUUCCUCUGCUUCACAACCUCGUGUACUUCAUUCGAGAAGACGAAGAAUUCGGCAUCUUGACUUCCAACUCGGCCGACGGACUACGUACCUUCAUCCAGGAAGUGGCUUCGACAGAAGAUGUGGUGCCGAGGGAAGCAUUCUACUCUCACAUGUCCAAGAUUGUCCUGCCAGCACUGUACUCCGGCGCCCGCGAGUCUUCUUCAACUGUUAGGCGAGAGACUCUGCGUGUCUUUGGCUUCCUUGUUUCACAGAUGCCGACAUGGGAGUCGGUUGCUGACCUCAAGGGUCUUCUGAACGAGGACGACGAGGAACCUUCUGAGCCAGCUUUCUUCUUCAACAUCCUGAGUCCCGCCACAUCGCGACAGAUGGAGGCUCUCGAGAUCCUAGUCGCUGCCAACGAAGCCCACGAGUUCAGCAGUCAAAACCUUUACCACUUCUUCAUCCCGAUUCUGGAGCACUUCAUCUUUGGUCGAGCCGAAGGUGCCGAUGAUCACGGCCUCGGAGCCCAGGCUUCGCUCACAAUCGGCACUCUCGUUGCGUCUCUCGACUGGAAGCACUACCGCGUUGUGCUGCAGCGAUACAUAGGCUUUGUCGAAUCGAAGCCCGAGCAGCAGAAGCACAUCAUCCGUCUCCUCGCCAAGGUUGCCGAUGCUCUAGUACUUGCUUCGGCGACAAGAGAUGGAGAAGCAAUGCAAGUUGAUGACGCGGAGAGCAAAGCCGCCCAGAAGCGUCUUGCUCUCACUAUGCCUCGCGAGAACCUUGCCAAGGAUUUGACCAACAACUUCUUGCCGUCUAUGAUCAAGUACCUUCACCAAAAAGACGACUCGGAAGUCAGUUAUCGUGUACCUGUCGGUAUCAUCAUCGUCAAGCUCAUGAAGCUCCUGCCUCAACAGCAGAUGAGCCAACGGUUGGCUGGUGUCCUCACCGACAUCUGCCACAUUCUGCGAAGCAAGAACUGGGAAUCUCGAGACUUGGCCCGCGACACGUUGGUCGAGAUUGCGAGCAUCCUUGGUGCCCCAUACUUUGGUUUCAUUCUGAAGGAACUGCGCGGCGCGCUGAAGCGAGGCUACCAGCUGCACGUUCUGUCCUACACCAUGCAUUCCAUGCUUCUGAAGGUCAUUCCCGAGUUUGAGCAGGGCGACAUUGACUACUGUCUCCCGUCGAUUGUCACGGUCAUCAUUGAUGAUAUCUUUGGUGUUACAGGUCAGGAGAAGGACGCAGAGGGCUACAUCAGCCAGCUGAAGGAAGUCAAGGCCAGCAAGAGUCAAGAUUCGAUGGAGCUCAUUGCCAAGACUGCGUCCGUGAGCCGCCUGACGGACCUUAUCCACCCUCUCCGAUCGCUCCUAUUGCAAAAGGUCAACCUCAAGAUGGUCCGCAAGAUCGACAGUCUCCUGAUGCGCGUCACGACUGGCCUUCUGCAGAACCCCGCCGCCGAAAGCCGCGACACGCUCGUAUUCUGCUACGAAGUUGUGCAGGAUGUCUACAAGAGCCAGAAGCCCGAAGCCGAAGCCAAGAUUGACCCGAGGCUCAAGAAAUACCUGUACCAGAAGGGUGUCAGGAAGAGCGAUCGGGAGGCCAACACCAAACACACGUACAAACUCGUCAAAUUUGCGCUUGACAUUCUUCGCGCCGUCUGGAAGAAGUACGAUAGCCUGCGUAACGAAACGAACAUCAGUGGUUUCGUGCCGAUUCUUGGUGACGCGGUCGUCGUGGGAGAGGAUGAUGUCAAGAUUGCCGCGUUCAAGCUGCUCAAUGCCCUGUCCAAGGUGCCGUUCAGCACGGAUGAUGCUACUGGUCUUUACAAGGUCGCGACAAAGGAGGCUACAAAAGCCAUCUCACUCUCGCCGACGACAACCUCUGAGCUCUCCCAGUCGGCGCUGAAGCUGUUGUCCGUUGUGCUUCGGGACCGACGCGAUGUCGUGGUCAAGGACGCUGCUGUUGACAUGCUUCUGAGCAAGGUCAAGGAGGACCUCACGGAGCCUUUGUACCGCCACAUCACGUUCAACUUCUUGCGGUCUGUCCUCGACCGCAAGAUUGAGACCGCAAACGUCUAUGACACUCUGGACCAUGUCGGCACGGUCAUGAUCACCAACGACGACAAGGACACCCGUGACCUGGCACGCGGCGCCUUCUUCCAGUUCCUAAGGGAGUACCCCCAGAAGAAGGCCCGAUGGGCGAAGCAGCUUAACUUUGUGGUCGCCAACCUUAAGUACGACAGAGAGGGCGGCAGGCUGUCCGUCAUGGAGAUUGUCCAUCUCCUGCUGAAGAAGUCUUCCGACGACUUUGUUCAAGAGAUCGCUGCGACCUGCUUCCUGCCUCUCAUCUUCGUCGUCGCCAACGACGACUCGGAAAAGUGUCGUCUGGCAGCUGGCGAGCUUGUCAAGGAGAUCUUCCGCCGCGCCGACAAGGAGCGCAUGCGCAACUUCGUGACGCUUCUCCGUUCCUGGCUCGAGCAGGACGACAACCCAGCCGUCUUGAGUCUCGCUAUUCAGGCGUUUGGUUUCUUCUUCGAAGCCAGGGAGCCGUCUGAGAAGGACAAGAAGGAGCUCAAGCUCGUCGUCGAAAAGGUCGCCGGCAUCGUGGGUGACGGAGACAUCCGUGUGGCGCCCGAGGACCUGGUCAACAAUGCGCUGCACGUCGCGCAGGUCCUGUCCCAGACAUACCCAGAGGAGAUUCUCUCGGCCGACUCAGCCGAACUAUGGGCUGAUCUCCGUGGCUGCAUGGCGCACCCCGAACCGUCGGUCAAGCUGAGCGCUGUCAAACUUCUCAGCUCGUUCCUCACAGACUUUGCCGGCGAGGCAGCAGAGGCAGGCGAGGCGCUCAAGGGCUCGUACGGCAUGGAGCUCGAGAGCGACGACGUCGAGGAUCUCGUCAGCUUGGCGCUCGGCACGCUGCGGGCGCCCGAGAUCGAAGAGGCCUUCGCCAACGAGGUGACGCAGAUCCUCAUCUUCCUCGGUCCCCGUCUCCAAGCGCGGACGCGCGACGAGGGCCCGACGGCCGAGGCGCUGGCGGAAGGUGAUGAGGAAGAGGCCGAGGACUCGCGGCUCGAGCAGCGCGGCAAGGACCUGCAGUACCUCUUCUGGAAGCUGUCGUCGAUCCUGCGGCAGGACGUCAAGUCAACGUCGAUGGGCAUGGUGCCCAAGGUGGUGGCGAUGGAGGUGCUCGAGACGGUGUGCCGACGGGUGCCGGACGAGAACCUGGCGCCGUCGCUCAAGACGAUCCUGUUCCCGCUGCAGGCCAUCACGGACCCGCACGCGUCGACGCCGUUUUCGCUGGACGAGGGCUUCAAGACCAAGCACGACGCCCUCAAGACGCGCGCCCAGAUCCUCAUGGACGCGCUGCAGAAGAAAUUUGGCACGGCCGAGUACACCAAACAGCUGCUCGCCAUCCGCGAGGAGGUCAAGGCGCGCAGGCAGGCGCGCUCGAGCAAGCGCAAGAUCGAGGCCGUGGCGCACCCGGAGAAGUACAGCCGCGACAAGAGGAAGAAGACGGAGAAGAAGAAGAUGCGGAACAAGGUCAAGGGGCAGGAGUUCAAGGCAUACCGGCAGGCGUACAAGUCGUGGUGA